GGGUGCCAGAAUCCGAGCCUGGGGCUGGCAGGGGGCGCCCGCCGGGGCCGGGCGUGGAGAAUCCCGAAGUUCUGGACCACGGGUUGGAGGAGACAGAAAAGGUUCCACGAAGUUCUGGACCGAAGUCGGGGAGCGGGGGCGUCGUGGGGAUUUCGGAAGUUCCAGGGUCUCGGGUGGCAGUUCCCGAAGUUGGGGCGCGUACUGGGCGACCCGUUCCUGCCGCGCGUGGGGACUCGAUUCUGACUGAUAUCACGGAGCUGAGAUGCAUGGGGUGGGGCUUCGCCCCCUCACGCGCUUGGGGAUCAGGCACCGGGCGGGGUCGGGCCCCCCUCCAGGAGCCCCGGGCCGCCCGGCGUCCGAGGCGCAUGACUAGUUGAGGCCAAAGCAACAGACCUGCCAUCCCUCUGGCUACCUCUUGGAACUUACCCAGCCCAGCCUGACCAAUGUCCACAGCCAGGGAGCAGCCCAUCUUCAGCACACGGGCACACGUGUUCCAGAUUGAUCCCGCCACCAAGCGGAACUGGAUUCCUGCGGGCAAGCAUGCACUCACCGUCUCCUACUUCUACGAUGCCACCCGCAAUGUUUACCGUAUCAUCAGCAUCGGGGGUGCCAAGGCCAUUAUCAACAGCACCAUUACCCCCAACAUGACCUUCACCAAAACCUCCCAGAAGUUCGGGCAGUGGGCAGACAGCCGAGCCAACACUGUCUACGGCCUUGGCUUUGCUUCGGAGCAGCAUCUGACCCAGUUUGCUGAGAAGUUCCAGGAAGUGAAGGAGGCAGCCAGGCUCGCUCGGGAGAAAUCUCAGGAUGGUGGGGAACUCACCAGUCCAGCCCUGGGGCUCACAGCCCACCAGGUGCCCCCCAGCCCCCUCAUCAGCACCAACGGCCCUGGCGAUGAGAAAUUGUUCCGCAGUCAGAGCGCAGGCCCGGGUCCCGCAGAGCGCGAGCGGCUCAAGAAGAUGCUGUCGGAGGGCUCAGUGGGAGAGGUGCAGUGGGAGGCAGAGUUCUUCGCGCUGCAGGACAGCAACAACAAGUUGGCAGGCGCCCUGCGGGAGGCCAACGCCGCCGCCGCCCAGUGGAGACAGCAGCUGGAAGCCCAGCGCGCUGAGGCUGAGCGAUUGCGGCAGCGAGUGGCCGAGCUGGAGGCCCAGGCAGCCACGGAGCAAACCCCAGUCAAUGAGAAGGAGGGGCUGUGCCAAUCACUCCAGCUGGAGCAGCUGGAGGCACUGGUGCAAACCAAGGACCAGGAGAUUCAGACACUGAAGAGCCAGACUGGUGGGACCCACGAGGUACCGGAUGCCACAGAACGUGAGGAGACACAGCAGAAGGUGCAGGACCUGGAGACCCGAAAUGUGGAACUGGAGCACCAGCUGCGAGCAACGGAGCGCAGUCUAGAGGAGGCACGGGCUGACCGGGAGCGGGCGAGGGCCGAGGUGGGCCGGGCCGCACAGCUACUGGAUGUCAGGCUGUUCGAGCUGAGUGAGCUGCGAGAGGGCCUGGCCCGCCUGGCUGGGGGUGCACCCUGAGCCAAGCCUUCAGAAGCUGCUUUUACAUAAACCAUGCCCACCUGGUGCACGGGCUGGGCCGCAGGCGGCACAGUGGGCCGUUCGCCCUGGCUGGAACUGGGGCUGACUCAGCCUGGGGAGGGCCUGGUCACAGUGCCCAGCUGGUCCUGGCUCUCAGCUCAGGGGCUGGUUUUGAGCUUUUCAUCGUGUAGAAUUUCUAGAAUCCUUGGGGCAUGUGCUGGCGCCCAGAUUACAUUUCUAAGCGUAGCUGUGUGUGCGUGUGGUGUGUGGGCACCAGGCAUCAAGCCACCGUCAUGGGGCCCUCUACCCGCCUUCUCUUAACUGUACCCUAGCCGCCUUGGUUCACAUGGGACUUGGUCGGCCAUGUGUAGGCGUGGCAACAUUUGGAAAGUUGCUGGGCUGGGUUCCAGCUCUGCUCAGGGUUGGUGCCCCCUUCCCCUUGGACUCAGCCUGAGCUGUCAGAACUUAGGUGGCCCCUCGUCAAUACCCUCUUCACUCUGGCCUCAAGCCUUAAAUGAAUUCAGGUGGGCAGGUGAGGCAGCCCCCAGAAUUGGUGGGCAGUGGUGUUCACUGGGUGGGGGAGUGGUCUCCCUAAACCUCACAGAUGCAACUGGAGAAUGGUGCAGUUGCUGUGUUAACCUUUCAGAGAGGAAACUGAGGCCCUGAGGCAGCUUCAUAAACCGGAGGUCACCACGCUGGAACACAGUGUAAAACUUUGGGCAUGUCUGGACAGGAAUGGAGACCCAGGGUGGGGUGGGAUGAC